GACGGAGAGAGAGAGUCGGAGAGAGGGCAGAGAAAUUGCACUGGACCUGUUGAUAUCACAGCAAUGAAUGACUUACAGCACUUACGGAGUGGAUCAUACACUGGAUUCUAGUACUUGGAGUUGAUGUGACUUAUUUAUUUUCUUAAGUGUGGGAUUUUUUUUUCUGUGGGUGUCUAAAUGCUGUCACUGGGCAAAAUGCACUCCAGAGCAAAGUCCCGGAGUUGUGACAACUACCUGAGUAUAAAGGACGCUGAGUCUUUGGACAACUGCAUCCAGGGCACCUUGUCGGCCCUGUACCGCCCCUUCACUGCCACCGCCGCCACCGUCCUGUGGCAGCUCUUCAGCGUGGUAGAGAGGCAGUAUCGAGGAGACGGCCUCCGCUGCCUCAUCGACUUCUUGCUUCCUGCCAAGAGGAUUCUGCAGAUCAUCCAACAAGAAACCUCUGUGAGGUUCAGAGGCCUGUUGUUCUAUCAUGAGGGGUGGCCUCUCUGCAUCCACGAGAAAGUCGUCCUGCAGCUCGCCCCUCUGCACAAAGUCCGACUAAAGCAAGGAGACUUCUACCUACAGAUAGUUCCAUUAGGCCGCAAGACUGUCAAGCUAGUGAUAAAAUGUUUGUCAGCCAGUGGGCAGGCCAUUGCAGAAAUCCCCAUCGCAGAGAGCAUGUAUGGCAGCGUCUUCACAGCUGAGUUUUUGCAGAAUGUAACGCGUGACCGAAACCUGCACCCGCUACAGAACUGUCUGCUCACCACUGGUACCUCUGUGUACAGGACGCCGUGGAAGAACGUGGUCAACCCUCUGUUUGUCAGCAGCACGUCGGACGCCAUCAUGCAAGCACGCUGCAGCAGAGGUGGCUUCCGCGGCCAUCUCAGCACCUGCAGCACUAGCGGAUCCACAGGGACUCUGGACAGCCACCGCAGCUCCAGAGAGUCGCUGCACUCUCAGGGAACUGACUCCAUCUUCUCUGAGCCCACAACACCAAGCAGAAACCACACAGACUCCAUCGGUGAGAACCACAACAUCAGUGCAGCAGACACUGCUACACCCAUCAUUAAGAUUGAAAGACCCACUGAAGAGUGUGGGAUAGGACAGGGGGGUGAGGACAGUGGUGGGAGAGAAAGAGGGCCAGGGUCCAAGAUGCUCUCUUUUAGUACAGACCUCAGCAACCCAGGCCCUCGACGUCGCCUCCAAAGGGACUCUGUAGCCUUCGAGAGCAAGAGACUUUUCAGAAAAUCUUACAUGGAGGCGUUGCAGAACCCUAUGAGCCUUGGGUCCAGCUCUGAGUCCAUCCUGGAGGAAAGUCCGGAGCACAGUGCUGGCCUCAGAGAGAGAACAGUGACAGCAGGCAGCAGUCCUGAAACCCGUACCUCCUCCAGAGAACACUUAUCUCGAAGGUUGGGUAGCCGGAGUUGGCUCAGUAGUGACGACUCCAGGCCCAGCACACCUUUGCUUUACUUUCAGAGGGGGUUACGGAGUGCAGAAAGACGUGCAGAACGCCGUUCAAAGUCACUGGAGAGGACUAACAAGGCAGGCCAGGUUAAAGGCCACCGGGAACGAUCCUCCUCUGGAGGCUCAGCCAGUAUCUCACCCAAAAAGCUGAUGAACGGCUACACUCUUCGUUUUGGGAAACUGGAUGUGGAGGCAGUUUUUCCUGGUUCUGAGAGGAGAAGCAGCAAAGAGGAGCCAGGACAGCACGAUCACGACAUCAGCAGUGAGAGCAGGCGACACAGGCAGAGUGGAGAAGAAUCACACAGUCCUAAAGCUGCCAAUGGGAGCGCCAUCCGGCUGGCCUCAGUAUCAGGCUCUUCAUAUGACAGUGCCCUCCCCAAACUGGUUUCAGAGGUCAAUCAAGAGCUGCUCACAUCGGGUGCUGUGAUCUUGCCAGGAAACCGAGAUCGCAGUGGGAGGGCAGUGCUGCAGGUGUGCACGAGAGCUCAGGUGUGGGCAGGUGAGAGUUGCACGGUCAAUGACCUCACCUGUUUACUGGGCUACUACUACUCCACGCUGCGGAAAGAAAGGCGUGAUCAAGGUCUAACUGUUGUAAUAGACAGCAGGAGGCAGCAGCCUGUCCCAGCUCUGUUGUCAUCUCUGUCUGAAUUGCAGGCUUCAGUACCAAAUGCACUUUACUCAAUUCUCUUCCUGGUGGACAAGGAGGCAGCAGCUAAAUCUGAACGAGACAUCAAUGUGCAGACUGAGAUGCUGUCAUCUCUGAAGGCCCUGCUGAAACACAUCGACCAAACCCAGCUCACACGAGACUUGGAGGGCACCUUCCACUACGACCACAACCACUGGAUCCACUUCAGACGGAAAAUUGAACCAUUUGCCAGCAGUUGUAGCGCAGCCAUCACCUCCCUUCAGGAGUCUAUCAGCACACUGAGCAACAGCGGCAACCUGAAGACCUCUAAGGAGGUGUCUGAGGUGAUGGAACAACAGAGGCACCUCAUGAAGUGUGUGUUAGACGACGCUCGUCUAAACAGACUGCGUCUAGAGGGAGGAACUGUCCUUGCCCGCAUCAGGAAGGAAGAGGCCUGUGAGAGUGAAAACUACAGGGAUGCUGUAGACAUGUUAAAUGCACUGUACAACCAAGUAGAUGAAGAGGUUCAUAAGCUUGUGAUCUUGUCCAACAAGUCUCAGAAACAGUUAGAGAGCCUGCUGGAGGUGCGCAAGUUUGAGGAGCAAACACAACAGAUCAAACUCUGGUUCAGUGUAGAAGGAGAGAAGCAACUCACACCUCUGGAAUCAUUAACUCUGUCUGUGGCCAAAAUUAAGGAGAUGAGAGAGGGACUGGACCAGUUUCUGGAGGAGUCUGUGCACCAACAGAGGCAUGGCCUGCAGCUUGUGAAAGAGUCCCCGGAGUCCCUUCCAGGCUCGGUUCUUCUCGACUUUAAGCAGCAUCUGGGCUCUAUCCUAAGCAGAGUGGAGCAGAGGAAGGCCCAGCUCGACAUCCUAACAAACCUGUAUGAGUUCUAUGACUCAGCCAACCAGUGGAUGGACCACUGUCAGGAUUAUUUCCAUCACCUCAGCCUGGACAGUACAGGGGUCACACCUUCGCCAACUGUGGUGCAGGUCCUGCAGGAUUACUGCACAGAGGCCUCCAAGUUCUCCAUGGACAACUUUAGCAGACUCAAUGACAUGGUGCUCUCCCUGGAGAGUGCUCAGCAGCUGCAGCAGUGGAACACCGUGUGGCACAAAUGCCAGCAGACCAAACAGCAGCUGGAAGAGACUUUGGCCAGAGCUGUGACAGCAGUACAGAACUCCACAGCCAUUGAUACGGCGGCUUCUUUAAAGACUGCAGAGAGUCAGAUUGCCACAACAGAGCAGCUUGGGGCUAAUGGUUGUUUGCAUUUACCUGGGGCAAUUACACCAUUGACUUUUGAAGAUAAGCCUCAUUCUGCUGGGCCUUACUCCAAAAGCUCCUCUGGUUCAGUCUCCUCCUCCACACACUUCACGUUCCCGCCCGACUGUGACAGCAAACUGAGGCAGAGUCCGUCCAUGUUUGACGACACAGACAGCGACUGCACCAUCGACUCUACCAUCUCCUGCCACUCGGAGCCUGUCUACACCGGGGCCGCCCGCCUCCGCAAGCAGCCGAUGAAGAAGAUCAUGAAGAAGACCAUGAGCUACGAGCUGACGUCAAGAGAUAAUGGUCACUCAGAUGUCAGCCACAUUCACGGUUAUACGGGUGUGUACAUCAAGGGUUUGGAGGUGGCAAAUAAUGUGUCUGCAGAGAAGAAGCUGCAGAGACCUGAUGUGUUGAGCCCUGCAUUGGGACGGAGUCGCAGCAUGUCCACGCCCUCCAGGAUUCAUAACAGACGCAGUGAUGGAGACAGCAAGAAACAGAGCAGCAAAGUGCAGCACAUCAUGGAUGAGAUGAUAUCCACGGAGAGGGAGUAUGUGCGGUCUCUCAGCUACAUCAUCGAGCACUAUUUCCCGGAGAUGGAGCGCCUUGAUUUGCCCCAGGACCUGCGGGGGAAGCGGAGUAUCAUUUUUGGGAAUGUGGAGAAACUGUGGGACUUCCACAGUCAGUACUUCCUGAAAGAGCUGGAGUCAUGCUCCCACUCCCCUCUAUCCAUCAGCAGCUGCUUUCUGAGACACGAGGAUCAGUUUGGAAUGUAUGCUCUGUACAGCAAGAAUAAGCCCCAGUCCGACGCUCUGCUCAGCAGCCAUGGGAACGAAUUCUUUAAGAAUAAGCAGGUGGAGUUGGGGGACAAGAUGGACCUGGCGUCCUACUUGCUGAAGCCCAUUCAGAGGAUGAGUAAAUAUGCCCUGUUGCUGAAAGACCUGAUUAAGGAGUGCAGCCAGUCCCAGGAGCAGGAGCUGAGUGACCUACGCACUGCAGAGGAGAUGGUCAAGUUUCAGCUUCGCCAUGGCAAUGACCUGCUGGCUAUGGAUGCCAUUCGGGGCUGUGAUGUGAGCCUAAAAGAACAGGGUCAACUACGCUGCCAGGAUGAGUUCAUAGUCUGGUGUGGACGGAGGAAAUACCUCCGCCAUGUCUUCUUGUUUGAAGACCUCAUCCUCUUCAGCAAGACCAAGAAGAUAGAGGGAGGAUAUGACAUUUACAUCUAUAAACAGUCCUUCAAAACAGCGGAGAUUGGUAUGACUGAAAAUGUUGGUGACAGCGGCUUGCGUUUUGAGAUCUGGUUCCGUCGGAGGAAGUCACAGGACACGUUUAUACUUCAAGCCAGCUCUGCAGAGGUCAAGGCUGUGUGGACGGCCAUUAUUGGCAAGAUCCUGUGGAGACAGGCGCUCAGAAACAGAGAGUUGCGCAUGCAGGAGAUGGUAUCUAUGGGGAUUGGAAGCAAACCUUUCAUGGACAUCAAGCCAAGUGAUGCAGCUAUCAGUGACAGAGCCAUUGACUAUAUAAUGAAGGGGUCAGAGUCUAGGACGAGAGCUUCCAUCGCGGUGCCUUCAUUUGAACACUGCACUUCGUUCAAGAGACCUCACUCCACCAUCUCUAACAGCAGCACCUCCUCCUCCAGCAGCCAGUCGUCAUCCUCCCUGCUGGGCUCACUCAAUCUCCACCUGUGCUCCUCACCCUCUUACCCCCACACACACCCAUACCCAGUAACCAGUGUUCCUUCAUUUGCCCAGUGGCCCUACGACUGCAUAGAGGAGGACGAACUCGAGCAGGACACUGGGAGCCAGCCCUCCAUGAUCACUGAGAGCUCAGAGACGUCCUCCCAGUGCACCUCCAGUGACAGUGUGACAGGGCUCAGUACCCUCACCAUACCGGGGCACUCCAGCAUUGUCAUGGACUCCUACAACAACAACAACAACGAGCCCUCCUCUUUCCUCUGCUCCUCCACACCUCCCUCCUCCGUAACGUCUCCUUCGAUAUUCCAGAAAGAUGAAGACCUCCAACCCCAGGGCACCAAGUUCAUAACAGCAAGCAAGACCUCUCAUGUAGCAGUAGGCCUCUCUACUGUGGUCUGACUCAGAGCUGGGGGGUUUUAGCUCACUGUGAAGUCCUCCAACGUGAUGCCACAGCAGCUUGCAUAUCAGGACAAGGAGAUGGAAAGAGGUCCAACUUCAGAGCACUAAGACUUUAAUGAAGCUCAAAUACUAUAUGACAUUUCUUUAUAAUACUGUAAAUUGGAAACUGACACAUAAUAUACACUGUCAUGAUGGUACGUCAGUGUUCUGUACAUUUGUUUUAAUGAAAUAGGCAUGAAUCAGUGUUUAUAUUGUAGAUGAGUUUUUUAUUAUGUAUUUUACAAUACAGAACAAAAAAAAUAGCAGGCAGAUCCACACAUACAAUGUUGUACUGUCAUAUUUCUUCUGUCGCCAGUUCUGAGUUAUGACAAGUUUGUACAGAUGAUUAAAAUAUUGAAAACA